AUGGCCAUCACAACGCGCAACUGUGGCUUACGAGUUUGCCUUACGUUGAUGCUCUUCAGCAAACUCACCCAAACCAGCCAACUGUCACCUUCCAAAUGCCCCAUCAUUCACACCCAGUGGAACCAGCUGACUGAGACCAACUUGCCUCAUCUCUGCAAAAUGAGUGGACCAUCUCUCCCUCAGUGCUUAUCUGAAAUACAAGACUUUAGAUUUCCUCUGGAUGUUCUCAAAGUUAUUCAGAGCGACAAUGUUAAUGUAGUCUACAGGAUCCUCCAACAGAUCUUCUACUUUCUCAGCAAAGAAAAUCCUUAUGAAGCCUGGAACUCAACCUGCACCGAGAACCUACAGAAUACUCUUCACCAACAAAUUAAGGAAGUGGAGACAUGCUUGGGUGCAAGAGAGACACAGAAGAGGCCAGUGAUCUUUGGAGAUGUGGCAUCAUAUUCCUCGACUCUGAAAGUCAAAAGAUACUUCCAAAGGAUGAACAGUUUCCUAAAUGAAAAUCAACACAGUCAGUGUGCUUGGGAAGUGAUCUACUCAGAAAUCACAGGAUGCUUUCUGUUCAUAACCCAGAUUCUCAAAAUGCUUACAUAG